AUGGUGGUGCAGCAGCAGCAACAACAACUUGACAACGCCUUUGGCAUGAUUGAAGAGCUGCAGGCUCAAAUAGAGCAGCCGGUGCUACGGCAGCAAGGUCUGCAGCAGCCGGUGCUUCGGCAGCAAGGCCUGCAGCAGCAGUCGGUGCUACGAGAGCAAGGACAGCAGCAGCAGUCGGUGCUACGGCAGCAAGGCCUGCAGCAGCAGUCGGUGCUACGAGACAGCAGCAGGACACAGCAGCAGUCGGUGCUGGGACAAGGACAGCAACAGUCGGUGCUACGGCAGCAACCUGCAGCAGCCGGUGGUGUUGCACCCCGUGUGGUCGUACCCGGUACGACAGUAAACAACAAAGUAAGUUAA